AUGGCCAAGGGGCUGGAGUGGAACUCGGGGAACGAUGGGGCAGUUCUGCAGACGGAACUGGGGAAGUCGUUGGUCUAUUGGGCGCUGGGCCACUCCGCGGGACACCGUUUCGUGCGCCCCAUUGAAUGCAUCAAGCAACGCUUGCAGUGUGAAAGCGGAGCGCAGCGCAAUUUCGUUGAUGCGCUUGAGGUGUCUCGCACGUCCGAUGAUGUGUCCGUGACCCGUCUCAAGCGUCAAGUAUCAGGUUGGACCGGAAAACUACCUUACCUAGCAUUGGCGCCGGCAACCAGGGCAGGCAGGCACGCAAUCAAGGGCUACCACCGCCGGCGGGCCGGGCUCGACCAGAAACUUGGGAGCGGGGUCGGUUGGAUGUCCAAGAAGCCAAGGACAACCGCCGAUGUUGUGCAGAACCAGCCGAGAGCGAGUCGAGAUAGGGGAUCCGGAACAGGGCAUUCCCAUUCGGCGUUGUGA